AUGGCUAAUAUUCUACAGUUUGAUGAUAUUUUCACCUGGCAGAGUGAUAGCUACCGUUCGGUAUUCGUGGAUAGAAAGAACUCCUUUUUGAUAUACCAAAAUGCGUUUGACAAAAGCAUCCGUGUAAUCGAUGCCAAAAACGGCAAAUCAGUCUUCAGCAGUAACAGGUUUUGUAAGCUUAGAAUAAUAAAUUUUAGAUUUGACAAGCAAAUAUGUGAAUCAAUACUAGUUUCAUCGGACAGGAACUUUAUGCUAUACUGGUUCAAUGAUCCAGUUACAAUAGGAAUCCAUAAUAUGCUAAAUAGCGACGAAAGCGAUGUUCUGCUGGAUCCCUCACAGUAUGAAGAUUCAAUCGUGUUGAAAGUUUUUUGGUCAGAUAAUGAGAACUCCAUAAACUCAAACUUUGUUGUUAUUUGUAAUAAUAGGGUGGACGUAUAUAAUUUUUCGUUCGAGAGUUCUUUGCUCAGAACACUGACUAGGAAGUCAGUUAGCUGCUCAGAUGCAUGGAACGAUCUUAGCGGGACGUAUUUCAUACUUUUGCAUCACAACAAGUCGUUAAAUCCGUACAAAAUAACUAAAAACGAGAUAUUCCAAUUGCCGGAAAUAGGAAUAACACUGGCCUAUGGCCAUCAGAUUCAACACUACGAAAUAUGCGUUGCAACACUGUAUGAAGGAACAUAUUGUAUCUAUAAGGACGUUGCUAAUGGCACACUGUCACUUAGAUCGUUGACCAAUAAUAAAAUACACGAUAAAGUUCUAGAAGUAAAUAGCCAAGGUUGGAUAGAGAUCUGUGUGAUUGAUAACCUGCUGAUAGUUUUGACUGGCAGCGGGACCUGUUACGUGUUUGACAUUGCAAUUAAAAACGACUACCUUUUGGCAAAGGUGCCCCAGAAAAAACCUCCAAUUUCGUCAAUAUCAAGUGAUAUAGAAGCAUUCAUACCGAAUAUCGUUGUUGACUUUUAUGGAGGCUUCGCAUACUACAUAAGUCUUGAUUUCAACACACUGUCUCUUUAUUUGUCGAGAUAUUUCACAGAAACGAUGUCAGUUGAGUUUUUCCAAAGGCGCAUGAAAUGCAGAGACAGAGCCAUGGAGAUAAUCUCAACCUCAAUAGAAAAUAGAGUUCAAAUUAAGGACUUGGUGUCACUUUCAAUAACUGUUGCAGAACCGUACUCUGAAACCUUGAAAAAGUUAAAUAAAUUAAAGGGAAACACCGGUAAAGGGCAUCCUAUUCCAUUUAACUUAAUUGAUAAAUUUAUCGGAGACCGAUCAAUAAUCACGGAACAUAAUUUUGCAACAUCUGUACUAUAUCCAUACGUCAUUAGGGACUGGAAACUGAGACAUGGAGUCAACUUGUUUGAUUUCUCAAUAUCGCUACUCUGCUAUCACAGGAAUAUUGGGUUUCAGGAAUUGAUGAAGGCAAAAGAGGGGGUUGUCAUACCUAGAAAUUGUGUUAACCACUUUAUUGUCAAAAGCCAGAUCCUGUCUGAAUCAAAUGAAGAAGUAAACUUUGACAUGAGCAACUAUUUAUCAUACUUUGAUAGUGCAGUGUCGACUGAAGCUUCACCAUAUUCAGGAACCAAGACCCCUACAUCCCAAACCAAUACGCAUCUGUCAACAAAUUCCUUAUGUGAAACUAAUAAUCCCGAAUCUAGUCCCAAUUCCAGAAAUUUUAGCAGUGAACUUGGCUUUGAGGACGAGGUGGAGCCAUUUUACACUAGUCAGAAAAAGGAUGAAGUACCAGAAUUGUAUCGCAACAAGAAAACUACCUAUAUUAUCGUCGUUACACUUUGCUACAUUAAAUCCCUAGUUUUCAACAGGCUUCAUCCGUCCAACAUGCUACUUCUAUUUCUUUUUGACAUUUGCGUUCUGUACAAUAACCUUAAUCUCCUUACCUACAUGAUUAGAUCGAGGGUUGUCAGAGACAAUUUCUUUAUCUGCUACAGACUAUAUCUCCUAUUUCGCGCUCUGAACGACGAUAACAUCAAACAGUUGUCCUACGACAUGUCAAAACGCCUAAAGCUGUACACAAUUACCAUUAAAAUAAUCUUACACGACAAGCAGUACUACAAAGCUCUUUUGUUGAUAAAGAGGGAGAAGAUCGACUAUCCCAUUUACAAGAUACUCUAUCUGGCCGCCAACGACGUCAGUGAACAGAAGAUGAGACCGUACUUGUGGCAACUUCUGAUCUCGUUCAUUCUCGUCUGGGUCGAGGACCACAGGAACGAGCCUCAUAAAUACACCAGGCCAAAUCUGGAAAACUGCCAGAUGUGGUUACCUGAUAUGUAA